AUGGUCACAAAGGAAGUCCGUAAGAUGCGGGAGCAGACACUUCAGAAGGACAUGGCAGAGAACAAGCGCCAGGCCGCCCUGUACCUCUAUCAACAGGAGUUGGCCAAGACCAAAGGUGGAGAACCACCAAAGCCCAUCGACAAGGAGUCCAAUGCCAGCAUCGCCCUCUUCUAUCUCAGAGAAGAGAUCAAAUCCGGAGACAAAACUGCCGAAGAAUUGUAUCGCCUGUAUGUUCUGAAAGAGACGCCAAGUCGUGUCCGAAAGACCCGCAUGAGCAAAGCCCAGCGAGAGCAAGCUCGCAAGGAUAGACUGGCGACCCUCCAAGCCGAGGCAGAGGCACGACAUGAUGCCAGAUAUGCCAACAACACACUUCAAGCGCUCGGUAGGACCGCCAUUCCACCAAUGCACAAGCGAAAGAGAUCUGUCGACUCCAAUGAGAGCUCAGAAAGCAAUGCCAAACGCCAGAAGCGUGCAGGAAGCAACGACAAGAAGCUUGUUGACAGUGUCGAGCCUGGAAAAGAGAAGAAGCGAAAGCGCGAUGAAGAUGACGAAGGACAAGGAAAGCGACAGAAGCGUGAAGCUUCGGACAGAGACGUCCUGGCGACCACCAAGGAGCAACAAAUCGUCCGAGAGAAGAAAGUGAUCAAGAGUCCUGUCCUUGGAGGAAAGAAGGCCCCUGCUGCCGCAGAGCAAGCUGCCCCGGCCAAGAAGAGAAAGCGAGAUGAUGAUGAUGCGGCCGAGGAAGCCUCGAAGCAUGAGGCACCUCUCCUCAAACGUGCUCGGAACGACAGCACCAGCCGGCCAGAGUCCAAGACGGCUGGCGGCAGCAAGGCUGUCGAAGCUCAGGCUUCGACAAAGAAAUCAGAGUCCGUACCAGCUGCCUCGAAGGUUUUGAAGCCUGUUGGUAAGGAGGAGUCCCAGAAGAGCAACACCACUGAGCCGCUUGCGUCCAAGGAUGUUGCCAGCAAAGUCACACCAAAGCCGGCUCGCAUGACGGCCAGCGAGUUCUUCAAGAGCAAACGCCGAAUCCCCCUUGACAUCAAGACCAUCAACGUCAAGAUAGAAGUGCAGAAGAAGCCUGUCAAGCGUUGCCGUUGA